AUGGAUAUUAACCAAUGGAUCGAAGAUUUAGAGUACGCAAAGCCACCUAGCGAGCUUCCUCUUCCUGAUGAUCAACCUCAUGCGACCCGAAAGCGUACGCGAGGGUCCAGGACAAGCUCUUUGCUAGAACCAUUCGCCAAUCGCGACAGUCAAGGCCUCAAGGACGAACAACCAGCAAUAUUCGUGGGUUCGUCAGAGCCUGCGACAAACGAUGUCACUUCAACAUCCACGUCUUCUCGUUCGUCCUCGCCAUCGUUCUCGUCAUCAGAUAAGAAAUACAAAAGGCGGUCACGCCAUCAUACAAGAGCAGACAAGUACCACCUGCAGUCGAAAUCAAAGUUGCAAGCGAAACAGGCGGGAAAGAAGGAGAAGGAGAAGAACCCAAAACACACCCGUCGCAAGAAGCACAAGAGCAAUGCAAUCACAGGUUUGGUUCAAAGUUUCAAGGCCAAGAAUGUUCCACAGACCCGACUCACGGUAUUGUCGAGACUAUGUCUGCUAGUCAUGACAGUUGCUGACACAGACCGACAGCUCGACCCUGCGACAAAGUUUGGGUUGUAUACCAAAGGUCGUUCCUCAAUUCCCACCAGAGGCAAAGGCCUGUUGACUCGAGUAGUACCAGAUCUAGUCUUCUCCGAAAUGAGAUUUCUACAGAAGCCCGAAUCCGUAACGAAAGACGAGCCCGAUCCGAAUCCCAAGAAAAAGUCGCGAAAGAAGAAACCUCGCCAGACAUCCGAGGAAGAGAUCUCGAGAUAUUUUGAUACUGGCGAAACGCAGCCCCGCAACGAGGAGAGAGACCAGAAGAGACACACACCGCCUCAUGAAAAAGCUGCAGCCGAGAAGGAUCUCCACACAGUAUCUCCUGUGGUAUCAGGUCUUCUGGAGAAGCCUUUCCUUGGGUUUAGAAGCAGGGGCACACAUCCACCCACUACAAGCUACUACAGCUGGUCGGAGUCUGGACGGGAAAGCUCAGUACGAGCGAAACAUUUUGCUACAGAUCUUGAGCCGUUAGUAGCGGGCCAACUUCAGAGUAGCCGGGCUCGAAAGCAGGAGAACAUUAUCCUGCUCAAAUCCGAUACAGUCCAGGGUAAUUCCACAGAGACAGCGGUCACUGAAAGACAAAGCAAGAACCUAUGUGUGAUAUCUGAGCAUGCUCGUGGUAUCGAACAAGCUAGCCGCCCACCAGCCAAGUCUCGACCCGUCCAACAGACUGACAUUGAAGAAGUGCCCAUACCUAUUUCUAGUAAGCAUGAAACAUUUGCUCCUGCUGCUACUAGCCUGGCAUAUCAGAGCGAAGCGAGAUCAAACAACACAACAGAAAACCUAAAGGUUCCUGAAGCGGCGCUGAAUACACCGCAGAACGACAAUGAUUAUGGUGCCAGAUCGGUACAAUCGAGGCCUACUAGCAACCAUGUCUUCGAACAGCAUUCGGAGGCAUGGGACCAACUGCUCCAGAGUUGUGAACUCGCAGCUCGUCCUUUGAUGCCAACAAAUUAUGACGAAGGUUUAGCUCGACACGGUGCAAUUGCGACUCGGGGUCAGCGUACACCUGUGAGCUAUGGUCACGCUGACCUUCGACUUUGGAGGACAGACAUUGAUGACUUUCCAGAGCAUGACUAUCUGGACAAUACAGCCUUAGUGAGUGAACAUGUGGGAUGGGCUCAGCCUGAAGCCAUUGAACAUCAGGAGGACAGUGCUGCACUCUUCGAAGAGACGAUAGAUGAUGACUCCGAGUUUCUGGAUUCGGAGAAUGGUUACGAGUUUCCUACGGAAGAUGGGGUUGAAUGGAAUGAGGGUGAUGCUAAGCAACACGAUGCAGUGCCAGGCUACGGGAUGCAAGAGGGCGAGGCUAUCGAUGAGCUUGCGAUGUUCUGGCAGCCGAACAGAUUAUAUUGA